AUGACGAAACGUCUUCUAUUUUUUAUUUUUCUAAGUUUAACAAUCUUAAUUUGUAAGAUAAACUCUCAUGGUCAUGGACAUGGUCAUAGUCAUGGACAUGGUGAUAAUCAUGGGCAUGGUCAUAGUCAUGAUCAUGGUCAUAGUCAUGAUCAUGGACAUGCUCAUGAUCACGGUGAUGGUCAUGGUCAUUCCCAUGAAGAACCACCUUCAUAUAAAUAUUCUGGAGAAGCAAAUGAAUAUCAUGAACAUUCUGAUUCUGAUCAUGAAGAAACAGUGACUUAUGCUCCACCACAUUAUAAUGAAGGAGUUGAUGAUGAUGAUGAUGAAGAUAAUGAUUAUGAAGCAGUUGCACCAUUUUCUGUUAUGUCUUGGGCAAUUUUAUCAACAGUUGGAAUAAGUUUAGCACCUGUUGUUAUUCUAUUUUUUAUACCUGUUAGUAAUUCUCCAAAACAUCAAUCAUGUUUAAAAAUUCUAUUAAGUUUUGCAUCGGGAGGUUUAUUAGGUGAUGCAUUUUUACAUUUAAUUCCUCAUGCAAUGUCAGCUUAUGGUAAUAAUCAUGAUCAUGAACAUGGACAUUCUCAUUCUCAUGAUCAUAGUCAUUCAGCUGAUAUUCGUGUUGGUAUAUAUAUUCUUUUGGGAAUAUUUCUUUUUCUUAUUACUGAAAAAUUUGUUCGACAUAUAAAAGGUCAUGGACAUUCUCAUGGACAUACUCAUGAAGAAGCUAAACCUCUUAUACCAGAGCAUGUUGAUGAUGAUGAUCAUGACCAUGAUGAUGAUCAUGAUCAUGAUGAUGAUGACAAUGAUAAGAAGAAAGAAAAAAAAUCACCAAAAAAAGAAAAAAAAUCACUGAAAAAAGAAAAAACAAAGGCACAACCAGUAGUAGUAGCUAGUGAAAUGAAAAUAUCUGGUUAUUUAAAUUUAAUUGCUGAUGCUCUUCAUAAUUUUACUGAUGGUUUAGCAAUUGGUUCAUCAUAUUCACUUGGACGAGCACUUGGUGCAAUAACAACAUUUGCAAUAUUUCUUCAUGAAAUUCCACAUGAAAUUGGUGAUUAUGCUAUUUUAAUUCAAAAUGGAUGUAGUCGAAAAAAAGCAAUGCUUUUACAAUUAACAACAGCUAUUGGCGCUUUACUUGGUUGUUUAAUUGGUCUUCUAUUUCAUUCAGCUGGUGCACAAAUAUGGGCAGCACAAACAUUUCUUCCGAUAACAGCUGGUGGUUUUAUUUAUAUAGCAACUGUUAGUGUUAUACCAGAAUUAUUAGAAAAAAAUACUGGAUUUAAACAAUCAUUAUUAGAAAUGCUUGCUCUAAUUGUUGGUGUUUCUUUUAUGACUAAACUAAAAUCAAAAUCUGUUGAUUAUUGUCUUAAGAAAAAUCUAAAAAUAAAUGAAAAGCUUUAUUCAAAUAUAGUUUAUAUUCCAAAAUUAAAUAUUAUUUAUUGUGAUAUACCAAAAGCUGCAUCAACAAAUCUUCGACGUCUUAUUUAUGGAUAUUUAAAUCAAUCAAAUAAUUUAUUAAAUCUUAAUAGAAAAACAAUUUGGAUUGAUAAUAAAAAUUUUUUUAAUCAAUUUUAUUUAAAUGAAAAUUUUCAAUUUUUAUUUAAAAAUAAAACGAAAAAUUUAUUUAAAUUUCUUCUUGUUCGUCAUCCAUUUCGACGUAUUUAUUCAGUUUAUUAUGAUAAAUUUGUUAAUAAUCAUAUUGAUGAUACAAUAUUUGGUUGGAAACAAUUAGAAGAAGAUAUUUUAUUACAGAUGAAUAUAAAUCAAACAUUAUUAACAAUAAGACGAUAUGAUAUACGUUUAGAUUUUCGUACAUUUAUUUUAUAUAUUAUUGAUUCUAUAAGAAAAAAACAAUUAAUUAAUAGUCAUUGGGAACAAAUUGUUCAACGGUGUGAUAUUUGUUUAAUUAAUUAUGAUUGGAUUGGAAAAGUUGAAAAUUUAGAUUAUGAUGGAAAAUUUUUAACAAAUAAAUUAAAUAAAAAUUCAGAUAAAAUUCAUUUAGAAUUUCCUUCGAAAGAAUUUGAUAAAAAAGAAAAAAAUCAAAAUUUAUUAAAUGAUUUUCAAUUAUUUGAAUUUUUUCGAAAUACUAUUCAAAAUGAUAAUCAUUUUCAAGUUUUAAUCGAUUAUUAUAAACCUGAUUUUCAAAUAUUUAAUUAUACAAUACCAAAUUUAUUAAAUUAG